CUGCAUCCUGUCACUGCGCGAGACACAGACCGAUCGCUCAUAUGUGAAGAAGCAGCGUUUCUGAAUUAUCCACAAAUAAACCGCAGUGGAAACUGUAUUACACCCUGACAGGUGUGGCCAACCAGUGAACUAAUUUAAAAGCCCAAAGGCCUCUCUAUGGUUCCUAGUCACUCUCUGAUCAUGGGGAAUGGUUCGAUCAAAGCUCCUCGACUAGAGGAGACGUGCCUGGCCUCCAGUAUAAAAGAGGCCCCUGUCUGGGAAUCUGUGGAGCCCCUGAAGAUGAGGAUCGCCCAUCUGGAGGAAGAGUUGGCACGGAGGGACCAGGAGUUCCGUGCACAGGAGAAGCGGUUACAUAGCCUUCAAAGAGAACUAGAGGCAAAAGUGUCCCAGAUUGAUAAGCUCCAGGAUGCAAUCGGGUAUAACAGCCUUGGGCGCUCACCACCGGCACCACUGAGGCACAGCCGCAGACUUCUGAGUGUGAUCAACCAGGGCUCUACACGCUUUCACAGAGUGGCUGUGGAGGUGCAUCGACGCCUUAAAGCUAAGGAGGGCGUUUCAGCUGAACCUACAUCGAGGCACUUCUGUCACGACCACAGGGUUCAUCACAUCUCCACAGAGAGAUCUCGCAUCCGCAAAGACUCCAGCAUUAAGAAACUCAUCAAUGAAGCCAUCAUGAACAAUGAUUUUCUGAAGAAGCUGGAGCCUCAGCACACUCGAGAGAUGGUGGACUGCAUGUACGAGAAAAUCUACGCUGCUGAGCAGCUAGUUAUUCAGGAGGGAGAGCCGGGGAACUACCUCUAUGUGCUUGCUGAGGGUUUAUUAGAGGUCAUUCAAAAUGGAAAGCUCCUGGGUCAGAUGCGUCCUGGGACGGCCUUUGGAGAGUUGGCCAUUCUCUAUAACUGUAAAAGAACAGCCACAGUCAAAGCUGUGACUCAGUCCCACAUCUGGGCUCUGGACCGGCAGACGUUCCAGACUAUCAUGAUGAGAUCCACUCAAGCCAGACAUGAGGAAUACUUCAGCUUCCUCCGCAGUGUGUCUUUGUUGAAAGAUCUACCAGAGGAGAAACUUGCCAAAAUAAUUGACUGUCUUGAAAUUGAUUAUUUUGACAAAGGAGAGUACAUUAUUCGUGAGGGCGAGGAAGGAAACACUUUCUUUAUCAUAGCUAAAGGAGAGGUGUCUGUAACACAGACUACAGAGGGCUUUUCUGAACCGCAGGAGAUUAAGACUCUUGGAGUGGGUGAUUACUUUGGGGAAAAGGCUCUCAUAAGUGAGGAUGUCCGCUCGGCUAAUAUCAUUGCAAAGGAAAAUGACACACAGUGUUUGGUGGUGGAUAGAGAUAACUUCAAUCAGAUGGUGGGAACCUACGAGGAGCUACAAGCCUAUCUGAGGGAGUAUGUGGAGCAGCUCUCUCUGAGUGAUGAGAGGAGGAAUGCCAUGCCUCAGUCGCCUCUUUACGAACGCUCUCCUGAGGCAGCGGAGCUCAGGAGGCUGAAGGAGAAGGCAUCUGGUUUGUCCAGUAACUCCUUCCUGAAAGAACUUCAAGUAGUGGCCACACUAGGGAUGGGAGGCUUUGGACGAGUGGAGCUGGUCAAGCUUAAAGAUUCAGAAGAUACUGCGUUUGCUUUAAAGUGUAUUAAGAAAAAGCACAUUGUGGACACCAGGCAGCAGGAGCACAUCUAUUCAGAAAAGGACAUCCUCCAACAGACCAAUUCUAACUUUAUUGUCAGGUUGUUCCGAACAUUCCGGGAUGAUAAGUACGUUUAUAUGCUGCUUGAGGUUUGCUUGGGAGGAGAGCUGUGGAGCGUGCUAAGGGACAUGAGUUUCUUUGAUGAGCACACUGCCCGUUUCUGUACUGGAUGUGUGCUGGAAGCUUUUGAUUACCUGCACGGCAGAGGCAUCGUGUACCGAGACCUGAAGCCAGAGAAUCUUCUUCUGGAUGGAGAUGGCUAUGUCAAGAUGACUGAUUUUGGCUUUGCCAAAAAGAUCGGACUAGGUAAGAAGACUUGGACGUUCUGCGGCACUCCUGAGUAUGUGGCUCCUGAGGUCAUCAUGAAUAAGGGUCAUGACUUUGGAGCUGACUGCUGGUCCAUGGGCAUCCUCAUCUUUGAGCUCCUAAUCGGCAGCCCUCCAUUCACAGGCUCUGAUCCGAUCAGGAUCUACACUAUGGUUCUUCAUGGGAUAGAGAAGGUGGACAUUCCCAAGAGGAUCAGUAAGCGUCCAGAGGAUCUCAUACGGAGACUUUGCAAACUCAAUCCAGCAGAACGGCUUGGGAAUAAAAAGAAUGGCAUCAAUGACAUCAAGAAACACAAGUGGUUUCAAGGCUUCAACUGGGAGGGACUCAGACGGCGGAAGCUGAUGUCUCCUCUGAGGAGAGAGCUGAAAGGGCCUCUGGAUCACAGCCAUUUCGACAUGUUUCCCCCUGAGCUUGAAGAACCUCCAGAUGAAUUCUCUGGCUGGGAUAAAGACUUCUAAAAACAAGCUGUUUCUAUGAGCCUGUUCUGCAGAGCAUCGCUGUGCUCUCAACUAACUAUUUUCAGACCGCUUCACUGACCAGUUUGCCUUUAUAAAUGAACAAAAGCUCAAAGAAGAUCUCACAUAAAGUGAUGGUGGACAGCGUCUGGAGAAGUCUCAGUAUUACCUCGAUGUGCUUUCUGGAGCAUUGUGCAACCUACUGACUUGUUCAGAUGGACAGGAAUCUUGUUAAAUCUCAUUUUGCGAAGUGAAAGGUUAUUGCAGUGAUAUCUCAUUAUAUAGAUAUAUCACUGACGCCUUAAAUUUGUCUAUUUGUGAUGUUUAAACUUCAUUUUUUAAGACCUAAUAUGUCAUUAAAUCCCUGACAGAUCAGUCAGAUGUGUUUGAAUAUGAUUUAUUUUGUACUCAUUCAGGUGUUCCAGCUGGCAAUUUUAGUGCACAAAUCAUAUUUUAAGAAGCUGCUUUUAUACUCAGUCCCGAUCAUUAUAUAAUCAGUCUGAGUUUGUUUUCUUCUUGAAAUUUUGUUGUAGAGUUGGAUAUGGCUUAAAACAUAGUGUUUUCAAGAAAGAAAGUGGAUGUAACAAAUUACCAUAAUCAUGGACAGCAUGUUUUGGAAACUCAAAUUCUUCCCUUUGUUUGAAAAAAGGUUUUGAUUAUGAAACAAAUUCAUUUGGCUGAUGUUGGAUGUUCUUAAUCUCUGUUUUCACUGGAGUAAAGCACAGAAAAAAACAUGGGGGAAAAAUUCAUACAAUAAACACAGGUGGGCCUUAUUAUUUUACAAUAUAGUUACUUUAUUUUGAUGGAAACGCUGUUUCUUUAAAUGCUAACUUUAUAAUACUAACAAUACUUAAUGUACAGAUGUAAGUCAUUUAUUUUAUGUUGUACUUAUUGUGGUUUAUCUAAAUUAGUGUAUUUCACUAAUGAGAAAAACAACACUGUCAUCUAUUGGUUAAAAUCUGCAAUCACAAGCACUAGCAUUGUCAUUAAAUAUUUUUUGGAACAGUAUUAAUAUUUAUUAUAAUAAUACACUAAUAUUCAUUGCAGUAUUCAAAUUAUUACAAUUUAUUAAAAAAAAAAAAAGAAGAAGAAGAAAAACAACAUUUAAAUGUGCCAAUGCUUGUUCUAAACUCCAAAUUCAUAAACUCAUAUGACCAUGGCUGCGUCCGAAAUCGCAUACACUCUUGAGUAGGUACUUAUUUUGAACAAAUAAUUACUUCACGACCACUAAAAAGUACCUUUUAUAUAGUAUGAAUGUGUGUAGCAUGAAAGUAAUCUGGACGUACUUCGCCACACUGUCAUUAUCAUGUGACCUA